GGGGGCUGCUGCUGCUGAGCAACCAUCCAUCGUUUUAAACUCAGCCUCAACUUAGCGCAGCAGGCAAGGAUGGCAACGCCACUGGAGCUUUGGAGCUGCCAGGAGAGCCGGGGAACCUGGGUUUUGGUCGCCGCUGUCUAAUAAAUGGGAGUAAAAUGGAAUUUCUCACCUGGGUUUUUCCUGCCUUGGUUCUACUGUGCACCCAACAGCACAGGUGUAUCAGAGCUAUGAGUGACAUCGGAGACUACAUCGGUUCCAACAUCGAAAUCUCCUGGCUGCCCAACCUGGAUGAUUUAAUGAAAGGCUACGCUCGGAAUUUCAGGCCUGGCAUUGGAGGUCCCCCCGUUAACGUGGCCCUGGCCAUCGAGGUAGCCAGCAUUGACCACAUCUCAGAGGUGAACAUGGAAUACACCAUGACAGUGUUUCUGCACCAGAGCUGGCGAGACGAGCGCCUGUCGUACAACCACACCAACGAGACCCUGGGCUUAGACAGCAGGUUUGUGGACAAGCUCUGGUUGCCAGAUACUUUCAUAGUCAAUGCCAAGUCUGCCUGGUUCCAUGAUGUGACUGUGGAAAACAAACUUAUCAGGCUGCAGCCAGAUGGAGUCAUUUUAUACAGCAUCAGGAUCACCUCCACAGUGGCCUGUGACAUGGACCUGUCCAAGUACCCCAUGGACGAGCAGGAGUGCAUGUUGGACCUGGAGAGCUAUGGCUACUCCUCGGAGGACAUCGUGUACCACUGGUCAGAGAACCAGGAGGAGAUCCACGGGCUGGACAAGCUGCAGCUCGCCCAGUUCACCAUCACCAACUACCAGUUCACAACAGAAAUUAUGAACUUCAAAUCUGCAGGGCAGUUUCCCAGGCUCAGUCUCCACUUCCAGCUGCGGCGGAAUCGAGGAGUUUACAUCAUCCAGUCCUACGUCCCCUCCAUCCUCCUGGUGGCCAUGUCGUGGGUGUCCUUCUGGAUCAGCCAGUCAGCUGUGCCUGCCAGGGUGUCCUUAGGCAUAACCACUGUGCUCACCAUGACCACGCUGAUGGUGAGUGCCCGCUCCUCCCUGCCUCGAGCCUCUGCCAUCAAGGCGCUGGACGUUUACUUCUGGAUCUGCUACGUGUUCGUGUUCGCGGCGCUGGUGGAGUACGCCUUCGCACACUUCAACGCAGACUACAUGAAGAAGCAGAAGAACAAGAUCAAGGCGAGGAGGCAGAGUGCAGAGAUCAACGUGAAGAACGCCAUCGUUCUGUUCUCCCUGUCCAUAGCUGGGGUGAGCCAGGAACUGGCCAUUUCCAACAGGCAGCACCGAAUUCCCAGGGGCCUGCCUGGAUCGUACGGCACAAUAGAAAUAGAAACUGGAGAGACCAAGCAGCGGCCAGGGAUGAAACUGGAUAAAAAGACCGGCCUGAAGUCGCUGUUCAAGCCCAUCGACGCCGACACCAUUGACAUUUACGCCAGGGCCGUGUUCCCAGCGGCGUUCGCGGCUGUCAACGUCAUAUACUGGGUGGCCUACACGAUGUGAGACCCCAGGGGCGACAGCCGGGCCAGAGCUACACACUGAGCACCACCCCGGUGACACGGCCCUGCUGACACACAAUCCAGCCAUCCCUUCUGCAAGGAUCUCCCAGCGAGCUCCAGACACUUCUGAGGCCAAGCAAGCCCUGCUGUGAACUGUCAGGAAAAGCAGCAGUGGGGUGCUGAUCUGAUUUGAUCCAGUAAGAACUGUGCUGUGCCAGCCCCCUCCUUCCUGGCAUACCCUGAGACAAGUUUUCAUAUGUACAUAUUUGUAGCAAAAGUUAAACUCUUAAAUGACCAUGGUUUUCCUCCCCUUUAAGGGUUGAUCAGUAAUGAAGAUUUGGCUUUUCACACUCAGAUAAUUUCCUUUUUUGUAAUGAAAGAGUUAAUUCCUCACUUGUGCACAUGAGUGAUUUUCUGCCUCUGGCCUUCUGUGGGAUGGUCUGGGUUUAACAGUAGUGGGAGAGUUGGAGUUUUUAAUCAGAAAAAUCUCAUGAACAAAGUAAAAAGGAAUAGAGGGGAGUGGAGGUUUUUCUUAAAAUAUUAUUUGUCUUGGAUAAAAUAUUGAAAAAAUUCAGUGCUCUUAGUCACAGCAUGAAAUAAAAUAUACUACAUCAAAUUCUA